AUGUUCUUCAUAACCCAAGCAGAACGCAAACUCCCUGUUAGGCUUCCGAGGUCAACAGGUUCUUCAGUGGAAAACAAGAGGACUAACUGUACAACAAAUACCGCAAGCAAGCGUUGACUUCCCACGAAUUAGCUUAGAGAAAACUGUGGCAGAAGGAUCUUCAGCAAACGAGCGACGAGGUCAGAGAAGGCGCACUUGGCAGGCGGGUGCAUGACGCCCACCGGAUGAUUGAUUCUGUGACCACCAGCUCCAGUGGCACAAGCUCUCCGGGCCCAAUCGUCCUGUUCCUCUUGCUGUGGAUGGCAAGAGAUCUGGAGGCAGCAGCCCCUCCCCUCCUGACGUCGCCUCCCUUGAGCUCACGGCAAAUCCAAGCCGAAGAAUCCGGGGAAGCAAACAGCUUUCCAAAGCUGGAGUCUAGAACCAUAAAGGGAUAGAAUUCACAGGCCAUCGAGGUUGGGGAAAUGAUGUAAAGUGAAGCAGAAGGGCGGCUCUACCUUUCUGAACUCUGCCGUCUCCUGCACCAUCAUCUCCAGAGCAUGAUGGGUCGUCCGGUACCUUCGCCAGAGGAGAGCUGAAGAACACGAAGCUUGGCAGUGACUGAACCGGAGAGGAGAACUCAGCGUUACUGGAUUCACCGCAGCUACGGAAGGAGAAGCCCGCAUUCGAGGUCGGGGAGACAGGAUCGAUCAAGAAGGAAGAGAAGGACGACUUGCAGGUAAACGUGGGAGAAGAGUACUCCGGUGUUGCACCAUGGGCGAUGGGGGAAUCAGCGCUGAAGCUGACAUCACGAAGCCCGGUACUGAGCGGGGUGGAGAAGGAGCAGGCCCCCAUCGCCACUUGCCCACAAUCAGACAAGCCACUGAAUCCGCUCGUUCCUUGGAAUUGCGGCCGAGAAUCCCUCAUCCAAGCAUGA